GAGCACAGAGCCUCUCAGUCGCGGUAGAGCCUCCUGCUCUGGGGGAAUUGUCAUGUAAGGUGGUUUUUGAGACAGUGACCUUUGUACCACCUGCAUCAAAACCUCGAGGGGCGCCUGGCACACGGUCCCAGGCCAGACUGUAGAUCCUGAGUCGGGACCCCUGGGAAUAUGCCCCCGACUCCACGCCUGUUGCAGGCUCGUCCAAGCACGAAUUUGCUACAAGGACUGAUCCUGGUGAUGGUAGGCACCUUGCUUUGUUACAUCCUGCUGCCUGCACUGACGGACUCCUUGGAGGUCCUACAUUUUGGCUCCCUUAAAUCAUUCUUCAGGAAGUUGGCACCUCGUGCAGUCUCAUCAUCUGUAUUGUUUCUGGAGAUACUGAUUUCAGCACUUUGAUGGGCUGACUUGGUGGCUACCAUCCCGUGAAAAUUGGAGACCUCUUCAAUGGCCGCUACCACGUUAUUAGGAAGCUAGGAUGGGGACACUUCUCAACUGUCUGGCUGUGCUGGGAUAUGCAGGGGAAGAGAUUUGUUGCAAUGAAAGUUGUAAAAAGUGCCCAGCAUUACACAGAGACAGCCUUGGAUGAAAUAAAACUGCUCAAAUGUGUUCGAGAAAGUGACCCGACUGACCCAAAUAAAGACAUGGUAGUACAGUUAAUCGAUGACUUCAAGAUUUCAGGCAUGAAUGGAAUACAUGUCUGCAUGGUCUUCGAAGUGCUUGGCCACCAUCUCCUCAAGUGGAUCAUCAAGUCCAACUACCAAGGCCUCCCAGUACGUUGUGUGAAGAGUAUCAUUCGACAGGUCCUUCAGGGGUUAGAUUAUCUACACAGUAAGUGCAAGAUCAUUCAUACAGACAUCAAGCCGGAGAACAUCCUGAUGUGUGUGGAUGACGCCUAUGUGCGAAGAAUGGCAGCCGAGGCCACUGAGUGGCAGAAAGCAGGUGCUCCUCCUCCUUCGGGGUCUGCAGUGAGUACGGCUCCACAGCAAAAACCUAUAGGAAAAAUAUCUAAGAACAAAAAGAAAAAACUGAAAAAGAAGCAGAAAAGGCAGGCUGAGUUACUGGAAAAGCGCCUACAGGAAAUAGAAGAAUUGGAGCGAGAAGCCGAAAGGAAAAUCAUAGAAGAAAACAUCUCAUCCGCUGUACCUUCCAACGAACAAGACGAUGAGGAGUACCGCCCAGAGGGCAAGCUCAAGACUGCGGGGUUAGAGGAUGCGGCCCAGGGCGAGCCUGCGAAUGACAAGGGCGAGGCUGAGGACCAGGAAGAGAAGGAAGACACUGAGAAAGAGAACACUGAGAAAGAUGAAGAUGAUGUGGAACCGGAACUGACGAGCACAGACCCUGCGUGGAUAGAAUCCCCCAGAACCAACGGUCAUAUUGAGAACGGCCCCUUCCUACUGGAACAGCAGCUGGAUGAUGAAGAUGACGAUGAGGAAGAUUGUCCCAAUCCUGAGGAAUAUAACCUUGAUGAGCCAAAUGCGGAAAGUGAUUACACAUAUAGCAGCUCCUAUGAACAAUUCAAUGGUGAAUUGCCAAAUGGACGACAUAAAAUUCCUGAGUCACAGUUCCCAGAGUUUUCCACAUCAUUGUUCUCCGGGCCCCUAGAACCUGUGGCUUGUGGUUCUGCACUUUCCGAGGGAUCCCCACUUACCGAGCCUGAGGAAAGCAGUCCAUCCCAUGACAGAAGCCGGACGGUUUCAGCCUCCAGCACUGGAGAUUUGCCAAAAACCAAAACCCGGGCAGCCGACUUGUUGGUGAACCCCCUGGAUCCGCGGAACGCAGAUAAAAUUAGAGUUAAAAUUGCCGACCUGGGAAAUGCUUGUUGGGUGCAUAAACACUUCACAGAAGACAUCCAGACGCGCCAGUACAGAUCCAUAGAGGUUUUAAUAGGAGCAGGUUACAGUACACCUGCUGACAUCUGGAGUACGGCGUGUAUGGCAUUUGAGCUGGCAACGGGAGAUUAUUUGUUUGAACCGCACUCUGGAGAAGACUAUUCCAGGGAUGAAGACCACAUAGCCCACAUCAUAGAGCUGCUAGGCAGUAUCCCAAGGCACUUUGCUCUAUCUGGAAAAUAUUCUCGGGAAUUCUUCAAUCGCAGAGAUCACAUAGCAUUGAUCAUUGAACUGCUGGGGAAAGUCCCUCGAAAAUACGCUAUGUUGGGAAAAUAUUCCAAGGAGUUUUUCACCAGAAAAGGAGAGCUACGGCAUAUCACCAAGCUGAAGCCCUGGAGCCUCUUUGAUGUCCUUGUGGAAAAGUACGGCUGGCCCCACGAAGAUGCCGCACAGUUUACAGAUUUCCUGAUCCCGAUGUUAGAGAUGGUUCCAGAGAAACGAGCCUCAGCUGGCGAAUGCCUUCGGCAUCCUUGGUUGAAUUCUUAGCAGAUUCUACCGGUAGAGCGUUCUGAGCUAGCACAUGUUUUCCAGUACAUUGGACCUAAACGGUGACUCUCAUUCUCUAACGGGAUUACAAGUGAGCUGGCUUCAUCCUCAGACCUUUAUUUUGCUUCGAGGUACUGUUGUUUGACAUUCUGCUCUUUGUGCACUGUGACCCUGGGGAAGGUAGUCUUUGUCGUCAGCUUAGUAGUUUACUGACCCACUCUCUUCUGGAAACAAUAACAUGUCUCUAAGCAUCGUUUCUUGUGUGACAUUCAAAUGUCAGGUUUUUUUUUUUGAACGGAAAAUACUUUCCCCCUUGUGUUUUGGCAGGUUUUGUAACUAUUUAUGAAGAAAUAUUUUAGCUGAGUACUAUAUAAUUUACAAUCUUAAGAAAUUAUCAAGUGGGAACCAAGAAAUAGCAAGGAAAUGUACAAUUUUAUCUUCUGGCAAAGGGACAUCAUUCCUGUAAUAUAGUGUAUGUAAAUGCACCCUGUAAAUGUUAAUUUCCAUUAAAUAUGGGAUGGGGACUUCAAUUUCAGAAAAGCUACCAAGUCUUGAGUGCUUUGUAGCCGGAGUUGCAUGUAGCGAACUUGAACUGCUCCCAGGAGCUGUGCAGACUUGUCAUUCCAUAAUGGCCCUUUUACAUUGGAUUUUAAACAAAGUGACUCCGAGUUCUGUCAUUCCCUAUAUGGCACUUUAAAGCAAGAAAAGACAUGCUUUCAUUCUAAAAUACGUAUUAUAGUUUUAGCACUCCCAUUCAUAUUUUUUGCGUAUUUUUAAAAGUACUUUUAAGGUAAAGGAGCAAUUUCCCUUUAAAAAUGUGAUGGCUCGGUACCAUGUGGUGUUGCCUCCUCCAAACACUGUAAGUUAAACUCUGCAUAGAUUAAAUCAGACAACGAAAACCAUGUGCAGUGUGUGGAAUUAGAAAAUACAUAUUUUUUUUUGAAAAGUUUACUUGUGUUUGUUUAAAACCAAGGUGUGGUAUGUACAGUUAGGGAUGCAGUGGGCAUGAUCCUAACAUCUCAGAGGUAACGGAUCACAUUCAUUCCAGAGGCAGUUAUAUGCGUGGCUACAGCAAUUUUACGAGUUUUUUCAUUGUCUUCCCAUGCAUUGAAGGUGAGAAAAUGAUUUUCCCUUUGCAGGCUGCACACAAUUUUGUUUAUGCAUUUCCUUAAAGUUGUAGAAUCCAGGACACAAACCAUUGUAGGCAAUACGAUUUUAGAAUGUAAUAUACAGAGGUUCAUUUAGCCUCUUUUAGAAGUCAGUGGAUUGAAUGUCAGGUUUUUUAAAAAUUUUACAUUCAUUAAGGUGCCUCGUUUUUCUUGACUUUGUCCAUUAACAUUAUCCAUAUGCCUUUGCAAUAACUAGAUUGUGAAAAGAUAACAAGUGUUGUAAUAAUAAUCCAUUGUUUGAGGUGCUUGCGGUUGUCUUAAAAAUUAAAGUGUUUUGGUUUUUUUUUUUUCCAGACAUUGCCUUGGUCAUUGGCCUGUAUUUGAAGCGAUAGAAUCAACAAACAUUUGCUCUCCUUUUAGCGUAGUGUAACCCAAACCAAAGGACAUAUCCACAUGCCCGUUGCAGGAAACGUAGUCGUAGAACAUGCAUUAAGGCUUAUUCCAAGGAAAUCGUUCAUUGUGUUGUUGUAAGAGUAGAAUAUGAAUUUAGAAGAGCUUCUGUAGUACAGAUUCAGUGCCUAGAACUUCAGUGAUUCUUCAUUCGUGUUGCAUCAAAUCCAUACUGAUGACAUUGUGUUUGAGCACUGCAGAUUUUCUUCCCUCUUUUUACUAGUUUUCACUGGGAGGGAACAAGACCCAGUCUUUCAGGAGUUAGCAUGAUAAUCACAUAGCGCUGUGAGGUGGAACAGAACCCCGUAUGAAGCGUGCGUGCUGAGGCUUUCCGCUGAGGGUGUAGGUUACCAUGUAGGUUCUGCGACGGAUGGUGGCUGCCGACACAGUCUUACCAGGAUCCGUUCUUACGAGAACCACAAAGUGUAUCUAUGUCUUCAUCUUCCCCUAACUGAAGAAUUUGUAUCAGGGUUAAUAGGACACUUGAAUGAAACAUGUCUAAUGCAGCUGCGGCUCAUUUUAGAAAAUAAACUAGAUUGUUACGAA